AUGGGAUGUGUAAAUAGUAAAUUGGUUCCAGAGGCGCCGCCACCAAAUGCUCACUUAGUAGAAACAGUUUACGGACAUCAAGAUGCUAAGAAUAAAGCUAACCGUACUCCAAAGCUUAGGCAGACUCAACUUCAUGAAAGGUCCAUCCGAGACCCUCAGACUAUUAUUUCAACCCCACAGGGGCAGAGGACAAACAAAACUGUGGCCCGAUACAGGGACAAAUUCGACCCCAGGGUCACAGCUAAAUAUGACAUCAAGGCGCUUAUUGGAAGGGGAAGUUUUAGCAGGGUUGUCCGAGUGGAAAACAGGGUGACAAGACAACCCUAUGCAAUAAAGAUGAUAGACAGGGUACAAGGCAAGGAGGUUUUCGAAUCGGAAUUAAAUGUUUUGAGACGUGUGAGACACAAAUACAUUAUUCAGUUAGUGGAAGUGUUUGAAACGCCUGGGAAAGUGUACAUGGUGAUGGAACUGGCUACAGGUGGUGAAUUGUUCGAUAGGAUUAUAGCAAAGGGCAGUUUCACGGAAAGGGACGCAACUCGUGUUUUAAACAUGGUGGUGGAUGGUGUUCAGUAUUUACACGCACUGGGUAUAACGCACCGCGAUUUAAAACCUGAAAAUUUACUCUACUAUCACCCAGGACAUGAUUCAAAGAUCAUGAUCACAGAUUUCGGAUUAAGUUCGAUCAUGAAAAAUGGUGUCGAGAACUUCAUGAUGACUACUUGUGGAACUCCGGAAUAUAUCGCUCCAGAAAUUGUGGCACGGAAACCGUAUGGUUGUCAAGUUGAUUUAUGGGCUGUGGGAGUCAUAACGUAUAUAUUACUCAGUGGUACAAUGCCAUUCGAUGGACACAAUCGAAGUCGACUAUAUAAACUCAUCCUUAAAGCCAACUUUAGUUAUGUGGGAGAGCACUGGAAGGAUGUGUCAGAUUCGGCGAAAGAUUUUAUCGGCAAGUUACUUGUACUGGAACCUCAUCUGAGAAUCACCGCAGCUCAAUGUCAACAACAUCCUUGGCUAUUAACCAACGCUGCUGGCUCGGCCAAUAAAAACCUCCAUCGAACAAUCAGUCAGAAUCUGUUGCAGCGUCAGUCAACGCAAAAUAGUGCCAAAAGUUCCAAAUCAGGAAAGUCAGUGAAAAGUAUCAAGUCACAGGGAUCUCUUCGUUCCGACCCACAUCGUGUUCUGCCGGAAGAAAUUGAUGCGUUGCAUCGAGACCCUGAAGUUCUCGCUGAUAUCGCAUCACUACAUCAAUAUUAG